GCGCCGAUGGUGCGGCCUCAUGUCUAAGACGCUGCGGAGGAAGCGGCACUGGCUGAGCAAGGUGCAAGAGUGCGCCGUGUCCUGGGGGGGCGGCACCGGCCCGAGCCCGAGCCCGGACUUGCUGCGGGGCGGCGCCGAGCGCGGCGAGUUCCCCUACCUCGGAGCCCGCCUGCCGACGCUGGCCGAACCGGGCGGCGGAACCGGCCCGGUGUUGCUCUCGGGGAAGCCCCCCAGCCCGGGCGACGUGCUACUGGAGGUCAACGGCACCCCUGUCAGCGGCCUCACCCACCGAGACACCCUGGCCGUCAUUCGCCACUUCAGGGAGCCCGUACGCCUCAAGACCGUGCGGCCAGGGAAAGUCAUCAACAAAGAUCUGCGUCACUACCUAAGCUUGCAGUUCCAGAAAGGGUCAAUAGACCACAAACUACAACAAGUGAUCAGAGACAAUCUUUACUUGAGAACCAUACCAUGUACUACAAGAGCUCCACGAGAUGGGGAGGUCCCAGGGGUAGACUAUAAUUUUAUUCCAGUUGAGCAGUUUAAGGCACUAGAAGAAAGUGGAGCCCUACUAGAAAGUGGAACAUAUGAUGGUAAUUUCUAUGGUACCCCCAAACCUCCGGCUGAGCCCAGUCCAUUUCAGCCCGAUCCAGUGGACCAGGUGCUUUUUGAUAAUGAUUUUGACCCAGAAUCUCAAAGGAAAAGAACCACAUCAGUCAGCAAGAUGGAGAAAAUGGACAGCUCUCUUCCUGAAGAAGAAGAGGAGGAAGAAAAGGAAGCAGUUAAUGGCAGUGGAGGCAUUGAAAACAAAGAGAGACAUUCAGAUUCUUCCGACUGGAUGAAACCUAUACCUAGUUACAAUCAAACAAACAGUUCCAUGGAUUUCAGAAACUAUUUAUCAAGGGAAGAAAAUCUAGAGCCUUUGCCUAAGAACUGGGAAAUGGCCUACACAGACACAGGAAUGAUCUAUUUCAUUGAUCAUAACACCAAAACUACCACCUGGCUGGAUCCUCGUCUUUGUAAAAAAGCCAAAGCUCCUGAAGAUUGUGAAGAUGGAGAGCUUCCUUACGGUUGGGAGAAAAUAGAAGACCCACAGUAUGGAACGUACUAUGUUGAUCACAUUAAUCAGAAAACCCAGUUUGAAAAUCCAGUUUUGGAAGCCAAACGGAAAAAACAGCUUGGACAAACUGAUGGAGGCCCUCCAAAUGCAGAACCAGUGAAAUCUCUCUUUACUCGAGACCCAUCCCAGUUAAUAGGAGCGCUCAUACGAACGUCACUGAAAAAAAGUACUAUGGGAUUUGGCUUCACAAUAAUUGGUGGAGACAGGCCAGAUGAGUUUCUCCAAGUAAAGAAUGUGCUGAAAGAUGGACCUGCUGCACAGGAUGGAAAAAUUGCACCAGGAGAUGUCAUUGUAGACAUAAAUGGUGCUUGUGUCCUUGGUCACACCCAUGCUGAUGUUGUCCAGAUGUUUCAAUUAGUUCCUGUCAACCAGUAUGUGAAUAUGACUUUGUGUCGCGGAUACCCACUUCCUGAUGAAAAUGAGGACCGUGUUGUAGACAUCGUUACUGCUACUCCUGUCUUAAAUGGUCAGCCAAUAUUAAAAGGAGAUACUUGUACAAUCAAUCAAGAGUUAAUACCUGGAACAGUGGUUUUGGACCAGAAUGGAAAACCAGGACAUAUUUUGGUCAAUGGUCGUCUAAAUGGCCCUUCAACGGACCUUGGUGAACAGAGGGCCUCAGUGUCUUCUUCAGGAUGCUCUCAGGCAGAACUGGUUACAAUCCCUCUAAUCAAAGGCCCAAAAGGGUUUGGAUUUGCAAUAGCUGACAGCCCUGCAGGGCAGAAGGUGAAGAUGAUUUUAGACAGCCAGUGGUGUCAUGGUCUUCAAAAAGGAGAUAUUAUUAAAGAGAUUUAUCAUCAGAAUGUGCAAAACUUGACACAUCUCCAGGUGGUAGAAGUGCUAAAGCAGUUUCCAAUUGGAGCUGAAGUGCCGCUUCUUAUCUUAAGGGGAGGCCCUUCCUCACCUGCUAAAUCUUUUGAUGUCAUGAGUAUUGAUAAUAAAAUAGAGGAAAAUUCAGUAGGAAGUCAAGAGGCCAUCAGUGAAGCAGUUCCACAGCCCAUGCCUUUUCCACCCAUGGCUGUAAGGUCAGCUUCCCCAAAGCUAGACCCUUCUGAAGUCUAUCUGAAGUCUAAAACAUUAUUUGAAGAUAAACCUCCGAACACAAAGGAUUUGGAUGUUUUCCUACGUAAACAAGAGUCUGGUUUUGGCUUUCGGGUUCUUGGAGGAGAUGGUCCAGAUCAGUCUAUCUACAUUGGAGCUAUCAUCCCACUAGGAGCAGCAGAGAAAGAUGGCAGAUUACGUGCUGCUGAUGAACUUGUGUGCAUUGAUGGUAUCUCUGUCAAAGGGAAAUCGCAUAAGCAAGUUUUGGAUUUAAUGACUAGUGCUGCACGAAAUGGCCAGGUGCUACUGACUGUCCGUAGAAAGAUCUUCUUUGGUGCAGAUAAGCAAUCAGAAGAAGAGUCGUCAUCCCAAGUUCCCAUCUCCUCCCAGAAUGGCUCUCCCAAGCCAAAUCGAGUAGACUUAGGCAGGCAGUUCCCAGAAGCCUAUGAUGUUGUACUGCAACGGAAGGAGAAUGAAGGAUUUGGCUUUGUAAUCCUUACUUCAAAAAACAAGCCACCUCCUGGUGUAAUACCUCAUAAGAUUGGUCGCGUCAUAGAAGGGAGCCCAGCUGAUCAUUGUGGGAAACUGAAAGUGGGAGACAGAAUCUCAGCCGUGAAUAGGCAGUCAAUUGUAGAUCUUUCACAUGAAAAUAUUGUGCAGUUGAUCAAAGAAGCAGGAAACACUGUCACACUAACAGUUGUUGCUGAGGAAGAGCACCAUGGCCCCCCAUCAGGAACAAAUUCUGCCAAACAAAGUCCAGCCCUACAGCACCGACCAAUAGGAACAGGACCAGUCAACUCUGUGGCCACAGACAGGGGUACUACAGAAGCUGAUCCUGGAAAAGAACAAAGCAACUGCUACAAGCACUUUUCAUCAUCAGAAAUUGGUGUAACAUCUAUCAUAGGAAGUAAACAUUCUCAGAGCUCGGGAUGUUAUCCUGUGGAGCUGGAGCGAGGACCUCGAGGCUUUGGAUUCAGCCUUCGAGGAGGGAAGGAGUAUAACAUGGGGUUGUUCAUUCUCCGACUUGCUGAGGAUGGCCCAGCCAUCAAAGAUGGGAGAAUUCAUGUUGGUGACCAGAUUGUUGAAAUCAAUGGGGAACCAACCCAAGGAAUCACCCAUACACGAGCCAUUGAAUUGAUUCAGUCUGGAGGAAAUAAAGUUCUCCUCCUUUUGCGACCAGGAACUGGCUUAAUACCAGAUCAUGGUGAUCUGGAUAGUUUUAAUCCAACAUCCUCAAGUGUAACACAUGGUGAUCAGACACCACUUCCCUCAUCUUCACAUUCUGCUUCCACAUCUGAAGCAUCUCAUUUGCCAGGAUUAGAAGAAGCGUUAAUGAAAGUUCAGACAUCUGAGAAACUGGAAGAACUGAAGAACACUAUGCCUGAAAAGAAAAGCACUUUAAUGGAAAACCAUUUGGAGAUAGAGAAUACAACCUCUACAGAAAGGAAUGUGAACAAGUGGGACCACCCUUCCAGCCUAGGUGAUGAAGUGGCACAUAAUAAUGCACAGUUAGCACAGGGCAAGGCAACCAGCAGAGGCAGAUCAGCCAGUCCAAAGAAAUUAAGCAAUACUACUUCCAGAGAUCAACAUCAAGUACAAAGCAUCAGCCCUAGGAAAGGUGAACCUAAGAAACACCACAAGGGGUGCUUAGACCAACCAGAGAGUCCCAGAAGACACAGAACCAAGCACCCAAGAACAUCAACUGAUAAUGCAAUUAUUGGAAGAGGCCCUGGCCGGGAAAAGAGAGGCAGAUCUGCCAGUCCCCAGAAAUAUCCAAAGAGUGAGAGAAGCAGAGACAAACUAAAUAUGGAACAAAGAUCACCAGAACUUCAAAGCAAAACACCUGCUAGUGAUAAAAGCUCAACUGUACCAUCAAAAGAUGAAAAAGUUAUACUGGGAGACUUGGGAGCCAUGAAGGAAAACAAGAACAUAAAUAGAUCUGGGAAGGAUGAGAAUCAUCCUUCAGACACUGCAUGUACCAAGUCAGUAAAGCAGUCUCUCCCAUUUUCUAAAGCUAAUCAGUUUAGGAAGAAAAAGCUGGAAGAUGAAAAAACGAAGUCAAGCUUUGAAGAGUCCAGCUCUAACCAGUUUCAAACGGCAGGUCUUCCUGACAAGUUAACAAUUUCUGGGGAUAAAAACAGUAGCCUUGAAGCAGAAAAUCCUGUUCUCCUGAAUAAAUUCAGAGACAAUGACUUAGAGCCAGCUGACAAAACCAAAGAGGAUGGAAUUUCUAAAUCUGAGAUUAGAUCUCCGGUGAAGAAAACAAUAACUCCUGGACCUUGGAAAGUACCAAGUGCAAAUACAGUCACAAAAGCAGCAAGUGUGACUGACAAACGGGUUUGACUGAUAAACUUUUUAUAGCAUAUUUUAAUUAGGUUUCUAAUGUGGUCAGUUUGUUUUCACAAAAAUAUCAUUUUUCAGACACUGUGAUUGACCGAAUGAAAAGUACAUUUGAUCAUAAGUCAAUUAGGCUGCAUGAAGGACCUUUUGGAUUGCAUAUAAGAAGCUCUCUUCAAAAGCUGCUGUCCUUUUGUCCCUUUUAAAGGUGGUGUCCUGCUGCUCCUGAUGUUGCACUGCUAAGGCUUUCUGGUAGUAUUGUGAGUUAAUGAACAAAAUUAUUUAAUGCCUAUUAUCAGUGUAAUCAUGAUUCGCUACUUGUUCUUGUGCCAAGUUAUCUACUGUAUCCUGUUGAAUCUUCUACUGCGUUUUCCACUGCCACAGAAAAGGAAGAUUUUGUUUAAAGAUGAGUAUUUACUCAGGCAUGCUGCAUGUUUACAUAAGGGAUAUUUCUGAGUUCUCACUGCUUAAAGCUAGGUGGGCUGGUUCUCUUGGCUAUUUGGAAUCAGGGAGCAAAUGCACCCCAAUAGCCUUUUCUACAAAUAUUUGCCCUCAAAACCAUUCUGUACCAGCAAAAUAAGUUUGGGCAACAAGUGACCCAUUCUGCAUAUUUGAUAUUUUUAUUUUACGGUAUAAUAAUUUUGAUUCAAUUGUUGAUACCAACCUUCAACACAAUAUACAAACUUCAAUCUGAAAAUUAAGUAGCAAUUUUAAAAUCACAAUAGAAUUCCAUUAAUUUCACUGAGAAGUGUAAGUGGUUUAUGGUUGCCAUCAAAUUAUGUGUUUUUUUAAACAAACAUAACAUUAGAAAUGAAAUAUUCAUAGUGUGCAUAUGCUUCCAGGCUUACUAUGAUGCUGUGUGUCAGAAUCUCCCAUCUGUUGUUUGGUUGUUUUUCUUAAUGCUGACUAAACACUUGAAAACUUCCUGCCUGGCCUAAAAAUUGAAGAUUUUAAAUCAUAGCAAGCAAACCAGAAUCAAUCCAGCAACAUCAUCAUCUUAAGAAUUGUCCUUGCUUGUGCCUAUUAAUAGAAGCCUAUCCUCUAUUACUUUCCCCAUUUGUAUGUAUAUUAUUUUCAACUUUUAAACAGAGUCCGUUGUCACUGAAGCAACAGAAACUGGUUCUGAACAGGAAUUACCAGCUGUUUAAGAAAAAAAUUCUGGUUAAUCUAUUCUGAAAAUAUAUAUAUUUUUAAAAUGUGUCAUUUGAUCUUGUUUAGGAACUCAAGUUGCUGUAGGAAGUAUGUGCAAAUAUUGUAGAAUAUUACUGUGAAAAUACUUAAUAUUUGAGUUAGGCUAUGUAGAUUAAUAUCUUGAUAAAUAUCAUGAACCUUUAAGUAAGGUGAACCCUUUAAGUAAGACUAUCUCCACUCAAUCACAGAAUAUAGCACUGAAUGAAAACUGCAGAAUUAUCAGGAUGACCUAGUGAAACUGAAGUGGUUCCUUUCCCCUCUACUCAGCAAGUAACCAUCAUCCCAACACUACUCUGCCAUCUAAUGGUGUGACCUAAUUUGUUGUCCUCUGUUUAAUGUGAACCCUCUUAUCCAGACACUCUAUAUCUGUACGUAUCUGCAUAAAAUGACUUAGCGAUGUGGCCUUGGAAUGCUGAGAAACCUAUGGUUGUACUGGAUGUAAAUGUUUAUAUAUUGUACAGCAUCUUUAUAUAUACUUCUGAGGUUCUGACUAGGAAGACCUGUAAAUUGCUCAUUAUUUUUUAUAUAGAUACAUUAAAGAGAGACUCUAGUU